GUUUAAGACAAUGCUGAGUUCAGAUCUCACAGAAGGAUUUGAGAGUCAGAGGGAGGAUGAGGAAGGUGUGGACCCUGAAGAUGAGAAGCAGGAGAGCAGUGCCAAAGAGGGGGCUCUGAAGAUCACACUGCAUGUCCUGAGGAACAUGAACCAGAAGGAUCUUGCUGACACACUGGAGAAAAAUGAGCUUGCUGUGAUUUGCCAACAUGAUCUCAAAUCUAACCUGAAGAAGAAGUGUCAGUGCUUAUUUGAGGGUAUCGCUAAACAAGGGAACCCAACACUUCUCACUAAGAUCUACACAGAGCUCUACAUCACAGAGGGUGGAAGUGGAGGAGUCAAUAAUGAACAUGAGGUGAGACAGAUUGAGACAACAACCAGGAAACAAGCAAGACCAGAGACAGCAAUCAAAUGUAAUGACAUCUUCAAACCCAUACCUGGACAAGACAAACCUAUCAGAACUGUGCUGACAAAGGGUGUUGCUGGAAUUGGAAAAACUGUCUCUGUGCAGAAGUUCAUUCUGGACUGGGCUGAAGGAAAAGCCAAUCAGGAUGUCCAAUUUGUAUUUCCCCUCCCUUUUAGGGAGUUGAAUUUAAUGAAAGGGGAUAAACUCAGUUUGAUUCAACUCAUCAAUCAUUUUUCAGUUGAAACCAAUAAGACAAGAAUCUCUAACUACAACAAAUACAAAGUUGUGUUCAUCUUUGAUGGUCUGGAUGAGUGCCGACUGCCCCUUGACUUCCAGAACAACAAGAGCUGUUGUGAUGUCACAGAGUCAACCUCAGUGGAUGUGCUGCUGACAAACCUCAUCAAGGGAAAUCUGCUUCCCUCUGCUCUCCUCUGGAUAACUACCAGACCUGCAGCAGCCAAUCAGAUCCCUUCAUGGUAUGUUGACCUGGUGACAGAGGUGAGAGGGUUCAAUGACCCACAGAAAGAGGAGUACUUCAGGAAGAGAUUCAGUGAUGAGGACCUGGCCAGCAGAAUCAUCUCACACAUAAAGACAUUAAGGAGCCUCCACAUCAUGUGUCACAUACCAGUCUUCUGUUGGAUCGUUGCUACAAUCCUUGAGUACAUGUUGACUACAGAUGAUAAAGGAGAGCUGCCCAAGACCCUAACAGACAUGUACUCACACUUCCUUGUGUUUCAGUCCAAACACAGGAAUGUAAAGUAUGAUGGGAAAAAAGAGACGGAUCCACACUGGAAUAAAGAGAGCAUUCUGACACUGGGAAAACUGGCUUUUCAACAGCUACAGAAAGGCAAUCUGAUUUUCUAUGAAGAUGACCUGAAAGAGUGUGGCAUUGAUAUCCAUGAAGCAUCAGUGUACUCAGGAGUCUGUACGCAGAUCUUUAAAGAGGAAUGUGGGCUGAACCAGGACAAGGUGUUCUGCUUUGUCCAUCUGAGUAUUCAGGAGUUUCUAGCUGCUGUCUAUGUGUUUCUCUCAUUCAAAAACAACAAUAAAAUCAGAUUAGGUCAAAAACUAUCAAACUCCUUAACAAGUAAGUUCAGGAAAAUACCUGAAAUAGAUUUUCACAAGACUGCUGUGGAUGAAGCCUUACAGAGUAAGACUGGACACCUGGACCUUUUCCUCCGCUUCCUUCUGGGUCUCUCACUGGAGUCAAAUCAGAAGCAUUUACGAGGUCUACUGACAAAGACCAGAAGCAGCUCACAGAGCCAUGAAGAAACCAUCAAGUACAUCAAGGAGAAGAUCAGGGAGAAUCCCUCUUCAGAGAGGUGCAUCAAUCUGUUCCACUGUCUGAAUGAACUGAAUGACCAUUCUCUAGUGGAGGAGAUCCAAAGAUACCUGAGUUCAGGACGUCUCUCCAGAGAAGAACUGUCACCUGCACAGUGGUCAGCUCUGGUCUUUGUGUUACUGACUUCAGAAGAGGAGAUUGAUGUGUUUGACCUGAAGAAAUACUCCACAUCUGAGAAAGGUCUUCUGGGGUUGUUGCCAGUGAUCAAAACCUGCAGAACUGCUCUGUAA